AUUGUAUUUCCCAGGAAUGGUAGUCGAGUGCGGAUGACGCUAGAGGUUUAGAUGUACUAUGGCUCUCUCCAGAGGUUUGAGAUUCUGUCAAAGGGUUUUCUCCUGGAUACCAGUACUUAUAAUAACCUCCGUGGUGCUGUGGUCGUAUUAUGCAUAUGUGUUUGAACUAUGCUUGUUUACAAUCACCAACACGUUUGAAAAGGUGGCCUACCUUCUGGUGUUCCAUGUUUGUUUUGUUAUGUUUUCCUGGACAUACUGGAAGUCAAUCUUUACUCCACCUGCAUCACCAUGCAAAAAGUUCCAACUGUCUUACUCUGACAAAGAAAGAUAUGAAUUGGAAGAGCGGCCAGAUGCUCAGAAACAAAUACUGGCUGAGAUCGCAAAGAAAUUACCUAUUUUCAGCCGGGCACAAUCUGGAGCUAUCAGGUUCUGUGACCGAUGCCAGGUGCUGAAGCCUGACCGCUGCCACCACUGCUCUGUUUGUGAAACAUGCGUUUUAAAAAUGGACCACCACUGUCCUUGGGUCAACAACUGUGUUGGUUUUUCCAACUACAAGUUCUUCCUACUCUUCCUCUCCUACUCCAUGGUGUACUGUGUGUUCAUAGCCGCUACAGUCUUUCAGUAUUUCCUGAAGUUCUGGGGGGGGGAUCUUAAUGAUGGGCCUGCAAAGUUCCAUGUGCUCUUCCUCAUGUUUGUAGCGCUCAUGUUCUUUGUCAGUCUAAUGUUCCUCUUCAGUUACCACUGCUGGCUAGUGUCCAAGAACAGAUCCACCCUGGAGGCUUUCUCGGCUCCGGUGUUUGUUGGUGGGCCAGACAGGAACGGUUUCAACGUGGGCAUGCAUCGAAACUUGGAGCAGGUGUUCGGAGAGAACAGGAGACUGUGGCUUCUUCCCAUUUUCACAGGCCAAGGAAAUGGCCACUACUUCCCUCUGAAGAGUCUAAAUGAAUCCCAUAACCCAUUACUGGCUAAUGAUGAGAUGUGGGAGGAGUCUGAUGAGGGGUCAGAUGAGGGCAGCAUUGACGGUGACCCCUCGGUUACCAUUGAAAUGGAGCACUAGAGAAGUCUGCCCUCAAGUGUUACAGCACUAGAUACAGAAGAGGACAUAGGAUACCAUCCAGUCAGUCUUGUUUCAUAAAGGCAAAUGCAUUCCCAAUCCUGUGGACCUUCGACAGACCAGCUGGACAUUUCCUUCUCAAAAGGAGCCAAAAGUGUGGAUGACUCCCGCAGUUCCUCAUCAUAAAGAAGUGUUUACCCAGGUAUUCUAAUUGAAACAUGGAGAGAGGGGACCAUGUGGUCAACCACGGCAUUACUCUUCAUGCAUAGAUGCAACCACUACAGUAACACCUUUAUUCUACUGGAAGGACAGAUGGAAGAAAUCUCCUGGUGUUCUUUAGGCACAUGCAUUAUUAACUUUCCCUUCUCACCCGUUGUCCGCUUGUUUUAGGACCUUCAUCGAUUGUUAACUGGAAAAGGUUCUGGGGAAGUACAGCACUGUGUUCUUUUCUAAUAUGGCUUGUCUUUGUUUACCAAUGUUGGGAUAUUGGUUUACAUGCAUAAUGUUGCACCUAGUUGGUGCAGGGUAUUUAUUUAUUUUAACAUGCAGUAUUGAUGUGUGAAGACUCAAGAGAUUUAAUGUUAUCCAGUUGGUCUCGCAACAAUUACAAGUGGGAUUAUUUUUAAAGGAAAAACCAAGGCAUAUCAUACCUAGAGCUGAGCUUUAUCUGUGCCUCAAAUAAUGUAAUGUAUAAACGAUUCCCAAAUGAUACACUCUUUAGAUGUGUAUCCAUCACAUUGCUCUGAGAGGUUGGAUCAGUCAGAUUGGAGACAAAAGUAGUCUGACACAUCUGUGGAUCACAUUGAGCAAAACCUUGAAAUUCUAGGAAAAUUCUAGUAAAGGUCCAAUGAAACACUGUAUAUUUGGGUGAGUCCCCGGAGCGGGCAGCAUAGCUUUUAUAAAGUGAAGGCGGUACAUAAAUAUCUGGAAGGGAACCUCUACUCAUUAACAUUGCUUUUCUGCAGCUUUGAAACACAAACUAAUAUGUAUGAGGAUCACACUGGUAACAUUCAGUUUGUCACCGUCUUUCAACCUUACAACUUGUUUAGUUUUUUUCGUCUUGUUUAUAAUUUUUAAGAUGACGGUUGAUGAUCCAUGUCCACUGGUGGGUAGAGGUCUUUUUUGUUGAAUUGCUUGAAUCGUUUCCAAACUCAAUGAUUUGUUCCCGGCUCACUGUACACUAAAUCUACUACAUGGUGAUUUACUUCCAGAGUGCCCUUUGUUUCUGUUUUCGGCAAGCCAAACCAUGUGAUCAAACUGCAUGAAGAUCAUGUGAUCUUAUCACGUGUUUUUAUUUUUAGCUGUUGUGUUUGAGAACCUGUGUAGAGGUAUUACAUGGAUGUUUUUAUGUUAUCUAUUUAUUGAUAUAAUAUGGUAUCAUUAGAGGAAUUGUGCUUUUUCCCCCCCAUAAAGAAAUGAUUGACUCAUGAAAUACUGCAACCAUGUUGAUUAUGAAAUAUUAGAUUUAAUUUGCACAGGUAAACAUCACACCAGUUUCUUGUAAUCUAGUAUUAAGGUGUUUGCAGAUAUGCAGUAUAAUAUUGCUAGCAGUUCAUAUUAUCCCUUUUAGCAGUUUUUUACUCAAGUAAUGAUCGUGGGGCCCUCCCUUUUGAUAACACCCCCGGAACAUCUAAUACUGAUACUGCUUGACUUGCUGUUCAGUUGACAACAUAUCAAUCAAUUGUUUGAUUUAUCUGGAUGUAACCUGUUUAAAUAAAUUCAGUCUACAAGUCUACUCAA